AUGUCCCCCUACCCGUACGGCCAAACUGGCUUCGAUGUCCACUCGUCCACCACCUAUCCCAAUGCGAAGCAUCAGCUCUACUAUGAUCUUGGCGACGGCCACGGCGCUUCGUCGUCGCAUGGCCAUCAUCACACGUACGCCCAUGCGGCUGCAGGCAGCCUGAACAACCUCGGCGGCGCGUCGACCUCGCACAACCACCCUCACUCCCGUACGCCCAUUCGACCUCGGAUCGCAGUCGCAUGCGUAUGCUGUCGCAAAAGGAAAGUCCGAUGCGACGGCAAGGAGCCGGAUGCGUGCAGUCUCUGCAAGCGCCUCGGUCGUGAUUGCAAGUACGUGCCCGUGCCCAAAGAGGACAACGACAAGAACCGGGAGCGGAAGCGUGAGUCCAAGGCGCGCAAGGAGCAGGAAGCGGUGAAGGACCAAGGGCGCGCGUACGAGCCUGUUCGUGCACACCACCCUUACCAGAUCUCUGGCCGCGACGGCUACGACGCUGGCUCUCGCUACCACGCUCGCUCGAUGAUCGACGUUUCUGGAAGUGGUCGAGCCAUAGGACCGAAUGGGUAUUCGUGGUCGCAGCCGUCGUUGACUACGAGCGCUCUGCAGACGCACACAUCUGCCAGCGGCAGCUACAAUGUGUGGAACAAUCCCUCCUUCGACUUCAACGCCGUUGCAGAAGGCACGAGCAGACUCUCGCUCGAAGCGCCACCUCCCCUUCCCCAACUCCGAUCAGAGGUCUACGACUACCAGCCGCGCAGGCAGAGCACCGAGCAACCCCACUGGCGCCUCGAGCCUCGCUACGACGCCCCCAUUGCCUCUGGCUUGACCACCGCAGCCGCUACGACUCCCACGCCUUCGCCGACGGAUGCGACUUUUCGUCCCCAACCGCUGCAGGACGCCACUUUUCGUUAUCAAACCGACUCAUUUCGUCCCCAAUCACAGUCGUUUCGACCCUCGACCCUUUCCGUCGCACUCGACGCGCUAUGCGCCCCCGCCGCUGCUCAACCUCAAGCGAGCGUCACUUCCCACCUCAGCACCCCCGCGUCGACCGUCUCUUCCCUCGGCGGAACGGAGGGCGUCGCAGAGUAUCCUGCCGAGCUACUCCACGCGGGCACGGCGGGAGAGGGCGUCGUUGGACGCGCGUCCACUCACCUCGGCUGGAGAGCGUCCGGAGACGAGGCUGUCGCCGGUACCGCGGUCGCCGGACUCCACCGAGAGCAGGUGGUCGUCAACCCCUCUGUCGGCUUCCCUAUCGCCGGUCCCGAUUCCGCGAAUGUCGACGCCCAACGGCCGAGGCUUCGACGCCACCCGCACUACCAGCCCGUGCAGACCCAGCCGAGUGUCAGCCCCGCAGCAAGAAGCGUGGGCAGCUUCGACGCCAUGACCUCGCCGCCGUUUACGAGCGAGACGAGCUUGCCCACGUUGGAUAGCGCGGCGUCGAGCGAGACGAGCAGCCCGGAUGUGCCGAUCAAGCCGCUGCUCGAUGAGAGGGCGGGGUUGGGUGACUACGUGGGUGAUUGGGCGGGCAAGGGUUGCGCUGGGGGUCAGCAGCACGUAAUGCCUCAGCUCCACUUCGCACAGCAAAUGGGGCACCAAGGCGGCCAGCACGGAUUUACUCGCCACCCCCAAGGCUACCAGCAGUAG